GCGGGGCGGCGCCCCCACCGUGAGCGCGCGGCGCCCUCUGCAGGCCGCACACAGGUAGCCUCAGCUUUCCUCUCCUCCCUCUCCUCGCCUUCCUCCGGCCACAUUCUUUGUUGUUAUCGCUGUUUCCGAGUCUUUCUAAGCCUCCGACUUCCGUCACCCUCUUCGAGGCCAGGCGUGUCCGUGUGUUCGCGGGAAGACUGCCAAUAAAGUUUUUCUUCUUCUCGCUUUCAGGUUCCCUACAUCGCCUCCAGUACCGCGAGAUCUGGCGGCGCGGCUACCAUGGCGGCGGCGUUUGAAGCCCCAGCUGCCUUAGGGACCGUGGAGGCCGCUAUGCCGGCGGAGCGGGCGGCGGCACAAGUCUCCGCCCCGGAGCCAAGCCCCGGGCUGGUGCGGAGCCUGCGGACGGCUCACGACGUCGGCGGCCCGCGGACCCGCACGGGGGACGUGCUGCUGGCGGAGCCCGCGGACUUCGAGUCGCUGCUGCUGUCGCGGCCGGUGCUGGAGGGACUGCGGGCGGCCGGCUUCGAGCGGCCCUCCCCCGUGCAGCUCAAGGCCAUCCCGCUGGGGCGCUGCGGGCUCGAUUUAAUUGUUCAAGCUAAGUCUGGCACUGGGAAAACCUGUGUGUUCUCCACCAUUGCUUUGGACUCUCUUAUUCUCGAAAACUUAAGUACCCAGAUUUUGAUCUUGGCUCCUACAAGAGAAAUUGCUGUACAGAUACAUUCUGUUAUCACAGCGAUUGGAAUAAAAAUGGAAGGCUUAGAGUGUCAUGUCUUUAUUGGCGGGACUCCAUUAUCACAAGACAAAACCAGACUUAAAAAGUGUCAUAUUGCUGUUGGAUCUCCUGGCAGAAUUAAACAACUGAUAGAACUUGACUACUUGAACCCAGGCAGUAUACGUCUCUUUAUUCUUGAUGAAGCAGAUAAGCUUUUAGAAGAAGGCAGCUUCCAGGAGCAAAUAAAUUGGAUUUAUUCUUCCUUGCCUGCCAGUAAACAGAUGUUGGCAGUAUCAGCUACUUACCCUGAAUUUUUGGCUAAUGCUUUGACAAAGUACAUGAGAGAUCCCACUUUUGUAAGACUAAAUUCCAGUGAUCCAAGUCUCAUAGGUUUGAAGCAGUAUUACAAAAUUGUCAAUUCAUACCCUUUGGCCCAUAAGAUUUUUGAGGAAAAAGCUCAACAUUUACAGGAACUGUUUAGCAGAAUUCCGUUUAAUCAAGCCUUAGUCUUUUCUAAUUUGCACAGCAGAGCACAACAUUUGGCUGAUAUCCUUUCUUCUAAAGGCUUUCCUGCAGAAUGCAUUUCAGGCAACAUGAAUCAGAAUCAGCGUCUUGAUGCUAUGGCUAAACUGAAGCAGUUUCAUUGCAGAGUCCUCAUUUCCACAGAUUUGACUUCCCGUGGGAUUGAUGCUGAGAAGGUGAAUCUGGUUGUAAAUCUGGAUGUACCAUUGGAUUGGGAGACAUAUAUGCAUCGGAUUGGCAGAGCUGGCCGUUUUGGUACUUUGGGACUGACAGUGACCUACUGUUGCCGGGGAGAAGAAGAAAAUAUGAUGAUGAAAAUUGCCCAGAAAUGUAAUAUUAACCUUCUGCCUUUACCAGAUCCCAUUCCUCCUGGUCUGAUGGAAGAAUGUUUGGAUUGGGAUGUGGAAGUUAAAGCUGCUGUGCAUACAUACGGCUUAGCAAGUGUACCUGCCCAGCCUCUAAAACAGCAAAUUCAAAAACUAGAGAGAACCUUUCACACUCAGAAAGCUCAUGGUAACCACGUGGCUUCGUCUAGAAAUACUUCUGUAUGUGCAUUAUCAGUCACAUCAAAAAAUAAUAACAAACAAAAGCUUCCUGUGAAAAGUCACUCAGAUUGUGGAAUCAUAGAAAAAGCAGUGUCACCAAAAGAACUGGGCUGUGCCAUACAAUUGGAAGAACAAAUGCAGAAUUCUGGUCAGACCCCUGCUGGAAACUCUACUGACCGUCAGCACCAGGUCAAAGAAGCUAUACCUGUGUCACUCCCCCAGAUUCCUUGUCUGUCUUCCUUUAAAAGCCAUCUGCCGUGCACUUUGCCUUUUGCAGAAUUGGUAGAGGAUUAUGAACACUUCAUUAAAGAGGGGUUGGAGAAACCUGUGGAAAUCAUCAGGCACUACACAGGUCCUGGGGAUCAGACUGUGAAUCCUCAGAAUGGUUUUGUGAGAAACAGAAUUACUGAAGAGAGAGUGCAGGUAUUGGCAAGUAGUAGUCAGUCUGGAGACUCUGAGAGUGACAGUGAUUCUUACAGCUCAAGGACUUCUUCCCAGAGCAAAGGAAAUAAAUCAUACUUGGAAGGCUCUUCUGAUACUCAGCUGAAAGACUCGGAAUCUACUCCUGGGGAUGGCCAUAUCUCUUUGGAUCAACCUCUGAAUGGAAAUGAGACCCCUAAUCUAGUAGAGUAUCAAGAAUCACCUGAAAUCCAAAUAAAGGCAAGGCAUAAAGAGGGAGUCAACCAGAGAGCUAAGCAGAGCCGAAGAAGCCUUCCUAGGCGGUCUUCCUAUCGAUUGCAGACAGAACCUCGGGAAGAUGGUUGGUAUGACUGCCAUACAGGAACGCAUCCGAGUUCUUAUGAUACCUAUCAGGAUUAUGAGGAGUACUGGAGAGCUUACUACAGGGCCUGGCAGCAGUACUAUGCUGCUGCUUCUCAGUCAUAUUGGAAUGCUCAGAGGCACCCAAGUUGGAUGGCAGCCUAUCACAUGAAUACCGUUUAUCUACAAGAAAUGAUGCGUGGCAACCAGUGACUAUAGGCUAUACCUCAGACCAUCCGGAGAUAUCAACGAGUGAUACUUUGGAUAGCCAUCCUUCUUGACUUCUAGUAGAGUGGCAUAUAAUGGCAUUUUUGAGGAACUUGAAAAAUCUUGAGACUUUCUGCUGGGACACAUCUAUUUUUCAGAUUGUUUUGACCUAAAUCAAAACCUGAUUUAGGUCAGGUACAUUAUCCUUUUUUUAAGAAACUUCAUGGAUCAGAUUCUUGAAAGAAAAUUUGGGGGACAUAGCGCUAAAGGUCCCAGGGUGCCAUUUUCUAUAAGCCAUUCCAAAAAGAAACAUUUAAAAAGACUCAUACCACUGCUUACUUAAAAAAAAAUAAAAAAAGUUGAGAUUUGAAAAAUAAUGUUAGUCUAUGCUGUGGAGUUCUUUACAAAAGGCUUGGGCUGCAUUUCCAUAGAGAUGCAUCCUUGUAGAAAUUUGUAGCAUGGUAGAUCAGAAAAUCCCCUUUUAUGUUUAGGCAGGAAGGAAUAAACAUUGUUUCAGACCUUCCCAAAGGUACUUGAUUUGAUGCUAUUUGCUUCCAGUAAAAAUAUUUGCUACCAGUAAAAAUACAAACUUAGCCAAAUGUGUUGAUGCGUUUAUUUGUUCAUCUUUUGAAUAUCUUUUGUUUUUAAGAUUGUGAAAGCUGUCCACAUUUUUACUGUGCAUUAAAUAGCUAAGGAUCAUCA